AUGGCAAAAAUAGGAAGGAUCUUUGUGAAUCACUUUAAGUCAAUCUUCUCAGAAUCAGUGAGGAAUAUUCUGGGCCUACUAGAGUUGGAAUGGAGAAGAUUAUCUGAGGAGCAAGCACGUGAUUUGGAAAGAAGGUUCUCUCUAGAAAAUGUUAAGGACACAAUCUUUGCAAUGGAUAGGCUCAAAGCCCCUGGCCCUGAUGAUUUCUCAAUGGGUUUCUAUCAAGAGUGUUGGGAUUUCAUCAAAUUGGAGUUGUUGGAAGUGUUUCAUGAAUUCUAUCUUAAAGGGAAGAUCCGCUAUGGAGCAACUGCCACCUUUAUCUCCUUAAAUCCCCAAAAGAAAGAGGCUUUAUCUCCAAAGGACUUUAGGCCAAUAAGUUUGAUGGGGUGUCUUUACAAGAUCAUCUUAAAGAUUCAUCAGCUCUCUUUUAGUCCUCACACAGAUGCCAUAGGGAUUAUGAAUCUUGUCAAAUUUCUCUCCCCAAAGCAUGUGAUUCUUGUACAUGGUGAGAAGCCUAAGAUGGCCUCAUUGAAAGGGAGAAUUCAGGCUGAAUUAGGAAUUGAGUGUUUCUAUCCUGCAAAUAAUGAUACAGUGCAAAUUCCAUCAACUCAGUAUGUGAAAGUGGAUGCCACAUGCAAAUUUUUCCAGAAUUGCUUGAUUCCAAAUCUCAAGUCUAUAAAGAACUGUGCAGAAGGUAAAGUAGAUGUCAGUUCAUCAAAUACCGAGUCCUUUCCAACGGUGCAGACAGGACACAACAAGGUAUCUGAAGGAAUCCUGGUUAUGGAGAAAAUGAAAAAAGCACAGAUUGUACACCGAUCUGAAUUGUUGCCAAUGUUGGGAGUGGAAGAACACCAAGUUCAGUUUGCUUACUGCUGUCCUGUACAUGUAAGAAAUGUGGAUAACUCCAAAUCACAUGAACAUGGGAGUGAAUCAUCAGAGCCUGUUGGGUUUUCCACUUCUCUACAGCCAUGUGCCAUGUCAAGUUCAUUGAUAAAAAUUGCAGAUCCUUCUUUGGAGAACAUGUUGCUUUCUUCUGAAGAAUUUUUGUGGCUGCACCUAUUAUUUGUAGAACUCUCCAACAAACUUCCAGGAGAAAAAAUCCUAGAAUUUCCUGACAAUCUACAGCCGAAGUCAUUCCAUGUCCAUGUUUGCCCAGAUGCCAACUGCCCAUACAAAGUCAAGGAGGUUAUUGAAGAUAAACAUGCAGUACAUUUUUGCUGCAGGUGGUCUACUCGAUGAGAACCUGGGAUGGAGAAUCAUUUCUGUCAUGCAAGGUUUGGAUUUAACAUAUUCAAGACCUCAUGCUCCAUGUUCUAAAAAAAGAAAAUCAGAGACAAGCUCUUUUUAGUCCUAUUUGAACUAUUUACCUGAAGUUCCAAUCUAGUAACUUUCAUAACCUUUUCCAGUUGAGGAUCCUUCCAGAUCAUCCUUGUGGUAAUGAUGACAUAAUUACUGAGCUGUUGAGUGGCUGAUCAUUCGUUUGACAAGGAGAAAGUAGUGCAUCGUAUCCUUUAUUUUUGAGUUCUGGCAAUCGGAAUGAGUUUAGACAGAAGUGGGUUCCCCAUAAUACUUCAGUCAAUCAUGUUAAUACGUUUGGUCUGAUGCAUCAUUUUAGUAGGCACUCUAGUUUCCUUGGUGAAGUAAAGAUGGAUACUGAAUUAGGACACCAUGGGAAAUUCUAGAUCAAACAUGGUGGAAUUCUAAUCCUAUCUAUGGCAGACUUUCUAUAUUUUGGGUGGUGUGGGUUAAUACUUUUCAAUGUUUUCCAAGUGUCUCCCAAUAUUUCACACUCCAGAUAAAUUAUUAAGGAUAUCAGUGUAUGUGUAUCUUAAUGCACAUCCCAAUGUUUUCAUGAAGAGAUCUUGCACUGUAGCUCGUUGAUGGAAUUAUGGAAACUCAAAAGCAAAGCACUGUUGUAUCGCAAUGUUCAAAGUAUCGAGGGCAUAUCGGUCAGUAUCGGCCCUUUGCUUUUUCUUUCACUUAUUUUUUUUUUUAGAUUUUGGUUCAGAGGGGUCGGUUUAAGUUCCAACUACCCUCUGAACCAGGCCCUGACCUGAUACAACCUCUGUAGGAG